AAAAGCAACAGAUUCCCAGCAUCUCCUGUAGAACCUUCACAAGGACUCUGGGCGCAUCUGAGGGAGACCCUGAGCUAGGAUCUCACUGGGGAAGGCUCUGAGGGGAGACUGACAAUUGCCCUAUUCAAAUGUCGGUGAGAUUUGUAGACCCUGCUUAUCUCUGCUGCUCAGCUUCUUUCACACUCCCGAAAUGAUGCUACACUGAGUACAUGGCUCACGGCAAUUGCACUACGGUGACGGAGUUCACCGUCACAGGGAUCACCGAUGAUCCACAGAUGCAAAUCGUCUUCUUCAUGGUGUUCCUGGCCAUCUACCUGGUGAACCUGGUGGGGAACCUGGGCAUGGUCGUCCUCAUCACGCAUGAUCCCCAGCUUCACACCCCCAUGUACUUCUUUCUUUGGCACCUUGCCUUCUGCGAUCUCUGUUACUCUUCCGCCAUCGCCCCCAGGAUGCUGGCUGACUUCUUCUCUCAGAAGGGAACCAUCAGCUUCUCCAGCUGCACUGCCCAGCUGUAUUUCUUCGCUGCCUUUGUGACCACAGAUUGCUACAUUCUGGCUGUGAUGGCCUAUGACCGCUAUGUGGCCAUCUGCAACCCCCUACUCUACUCCGCCACUAUGUCUAGGGGGCUCUGCCUCCGGCUUGUAAUCAGCUCCUACGUCGCCGGCACGGUGAACGCAGUGAUACACACCACGGCCACCUUCCGCCUGGACUUCUGUGGCCCCAACACCGUCAAUCACUUCUUCUGUGAUGUCCCCCCGCUCCUGGCGCUGUCCUCCUCUGACACCCGCCUCAACGAGAUCUUGCUCUUUACAUUCGCGGGCUUUGUCGAGAUGAGCUCCCUUGCCAUCAUCCUCGUCUCCUACGCCUUCAUCCUCUCUGCCAUCCUGAGGAUCCGCUCCACUGAGGGCAGGCACAAGGCCUUCUCCACCUGCAGCUCUCACUUCACAGGGGUCACCCUGUUCUACGGGACCAUCAUCUUCAUGUACCUUCGGCCCAUGUCAGUGUACGCCCUGGACCAGGACAAAUGGGCCUCUGUGUUCUACACGGUGGUGAUCCCCAUGCUGAACCCCCUGAUCUACAGCUUGAGGAACAAGGAUGCGAAAACCUCUCUAAGAAAACUCAUCAGCAGAGAACUGAGCUUUGCACUGACCUGAGAGAUGACAAAAGAGCCCUCCUGGCUUUGGACCAUGAUAUCGGGUGGAAGAGAGCACAGGAGUUGACCAUUCAGCUGACCAUUUUUCCACACUGCUUUUCUCUGUUUUAUGCACAUUUCCCCUCACUAAAUCAAUUCCCUGUCUUUGCAGGGGCCUCCUGCAUAAGUGGCACCUUGGUCCCUCCUAUUCUCUGCCUGCAGGACACAACAGGUUAGUAUCCCAUAGGCUGUUACCGUGGCGUCCAACCAGUUCUGAAGCAGUAGCCACUAUAGCGGCUACUGCUAUAAUGAACUAGCCACACUCAACCAGCCAAGUAGCCACAUGUGGCUAGUGGAUAGUGUGUUGGACACCACGA